AUGGUCAAAGGCUGUAACACUGAGGACACUGAGAAGUCCAGAAAGGGCCCAGCAGCAAAGCCAGAGGGAUCACUGACAUUCAGCGAUGUGGUUGUGACGUUCACCAGGGAGGAGUGGCGGCUCCUGGACCCUGCUCAGAGGGCCCUGUGCCAGGACGUGAUGCUGGAGAACUACAGCAACCUGGUGUCCAUUGGGUAUCGAGGUAGCAAACCAGAUGCACUGUCCAGGCUGGAACAAGGAGAACAGCCCUGGACUGUGGUAGAUGACAGCCAUAGUAGAAUCUUCUCAGGAGGUAAACCACAUGUGUGUAGUGAGUGUGGGAAAGGCUUCAACCAUAAGGGAAGUCUCGUUAUCCAUCAGCGAACUCACACUGGAGAGAAACCCUAUGUGUGUGGUGAAUGUGGGAAAGGCUUCAACCGUAAGGGAAGUCUUGUUACUCAUCAACGAAUUCAUACUGGAGAGAAACCCUAUGUAUGCAGUGAAUGUGGGAAAGGCUUCAAUCAUAAGGGAAGUCUUGUUAUCCAUCAGCGAACUCACACUGGAGAGAAGCCCUAUGUAUGCAAUGAAUGUGAGAAAGGCUUUAUCCAUAAAGGAGAUCUCACUAUUCAUCAGCGAACUCAUACUGGAGAGAAACCAUAUGUAUGCUGUGAAUGUGGAAAAGCCUUCGCCCGGAAGGGACAGCUCAUAAUCCACCAGCGAAUUCAUAGUGGAGAGAAGCCCUAUUUGUGUGGUGAAUGUGGGAAAGCCUUUAUCCAUAAGGGACAUCUCAUUAUCCAUCAGCGAAUUCAUACUGGAGAGAGACCCUAUGUAUGUGGUGACUGUGGGAAAGGCUUCAUUUAUAAGGGAACGCUCAUUAUUCAUCAGCGAAUUCAUACUGGAGAGAGACCCUAUGUAUGUGGUGAAUGUGGAAAAGGCUUCAGCCAGAAGGGAAGUCUCGUUAUUCAUCAACGAAUUCAUACUGGAGAGAAGCCCUAUGUGUGCGGUGAAUGUGGGAAAGCCUUCAGCCAAAAGUUACGCCUCAAAGCACAUCAUCAGUCUCACACAGGAAGGAUUGCCUUUUCAUGCAGUGAAUGUGGAAAAUCUUAUUCCCACAAGGAAACUCUCACUAGACAUCAGAAAAUUCACACAAGAGAGAAAACCUUUCAUUGCAGUGAAUGUGAAAAAGUCUUUGAAUCGAAGUCAAAGCUCAUUGUACAUCAAAAGUCUCAUACAGGAAAGACACUGUAUAGCUGCUUAGAAUGA